UGUCUGAUACUGGACGAUGCGACCUAUACGUGCGCACUUUCACAUAAACAAAAUACUGGAGGGAUCGUAUUUUACUACGUUUUCUCCCAGGAUAAACGAAAGGUGUUGAAAACAAGGUUACUGAGACCCGCUUCUCCGCCCCAGUGUCACACGGCUCGGAUCACGUAAAUACUGGAGCAGAGCGACACUGUUUCGUUUUUACUUUGUCCUUGAUGAUGGCAGCUCAGGAUUACAAUUUUUUACUAGCGACGGACUCAUAUAAGAUUACCCAUUACAAGCAAUACCCACCUAAUGUCAGUAAGGUGUACUCCUAUUUUGAGUGUCGGCGAAAAAAGGGGGCACAGUUCAGCGAGGUGGUGUUUUUUGGCCUCCAAUAUCUUCUAAAGAAAUAUCUAGCGGGUCCAGUCAUCACAGAGGAGAAGAUACAAGAGGCGAAAGUGUUUUAUCAGAUGCACUUUAAACAGACAGUGUUCGAUGAAGAGGGAUGGCGGAAAGUUUUAGAGAAAUAUGAUGGCCGCCUUCCAAUCCGUAUCAAAGCAGUUCCCGAGGGGAAGAUCAUUCCCAGAGGGAACGUCCUCUUCACAGUGGAGAACACGGAUCCAGAUUUCUUCUGGCUCACCAAUUUUAUUGAGACUAUGCUGCUCCAAAUGUGGUACCCCAUCACCGUGGCAACAAUCUCCAGGGAGUUCAAAAAGAUUCUGGCCAAGCACCUGAAGGCUACGUCAGGGAGUCUGGAGGGUCUGGACAUCAAGCUGCAUGAUUUCGGCUACAGAGGGGUGUCCUCACAAGAGUCGGCAGCACUUGGUGGGGCUGCUCACCUAGUGAAUUUUAGCAGCACAGACACAGUGGCAGGUGUACUCAUGGUACAGCGAUACUACGGCUGCCCUAUGGCUGGAUUCUCCAUCCCUGCUGCAGAGCACAGCACCAUCAUCUCCUGGGGCAAGAGCAGAGAGAAGGAGGCAUUUGAGUGUCUGCUGGACCAGUUCCCCUCUGGGCCUUUAGCUGUGGUUAGCGACAGCUAUGACAUUUUUAAGGCUUGUAAGCACAUCUGGGGGGACAAACUGAAAGAGAGAGUGAUGGAGAGGAGCGAGGAUUCAACUCUUAUUAUCCGCCCAGACUCCGGGGACCCCGCUGAGACCCUCCUUGAGGUGCUAAAGAUUUUGGAGGAGUGUUUUGGCUGUUCUCUGAACUCAGUGGGUUACAAGGUGCUCCCAUCAUAUCUGCGCAUUAUCCAGGGGGAUGGGAUUGAUCUGAACUCGAUUAAUGAGAUUCUGGAGAAACUAAGCGAUGAGGGCUGGAGUGCGGAGAAUGUGUUUUUUGGUUGUGGAAGUGCUCUCCUGCAGAAAAUCAACAGAGACACGCUAAACUGCGCUUUCAAAUGCAGCUAUGUGGAGACUAAUGGCAAAGGCAUGGAUGUUUAUAAGCAGCCAGUGACAGACCCAUCUAAAGGAUCCAAGCGUGGUCGUCUCUCUCUGAGAAGAAACUCAGAUGGCUUUAUUGAGACGGUUGAAAGAGGAGCGGGCAAACCAGAAGAGGACAUGUUGGUGACUGUGUUUGAGAAUGGGACCAUACUGCAGGAAUACACUCUGGAUGAGAUCCGUAAAGCUGCUCAGCUUUUGGAGGAGGACAUAACCCCUGCCCAGCACAACGAAGAUGAUGGCACUACUCUGGAUAUCUACCAAAAACGCAUCAUGAAUGGUGUGCAUUAUCACACUUAGGAUGCACAUUGUUCUCAACACUGCCACCUACAGACGAACCACUGACUUGUUCACCACAACACUCAGUCAUUCGCAGAAUAGCAGAUCACAGUGUUGCCAGUUAACUCUAAAAUUUAAUAUAAAAUCUGACUUUUAGACCUUUGAGGUGACCCCUCAGUUUUGGAUUGGGUCUCCCAGUUGUUCUUAUUUUUUCCUCAAAUUAAUGGUUUAGUGUUGUUUUCGGGAUGUUACGAGAUGCCAGAUAUCUUUGUAGGUGCUUCAUUUAGCAUGAAUAUGUUUCAGGAGAAUGCAAACGGCAGUGUUUUGGCAUGGUUUGUAUUCUCUUCAACUAGAUCAUCACCCUAGCAGAAAAAUGAAGGAAACUUCAUUAUAGGUGAUCUAAUGAUCUUCUCUGGGCUUCUGUACCAGUAGUUCAGCACAUGAUACUGGUCUCUGUUCACUCUGAAAAUGCAUAAAUUGACUAUUUAGUUUUAGAAAUCACUAUCUGUCUCACUUUUUGAGGGGUUUUAAUGUUCUUUAAAUAGAUUUGACUUGAUAAAUUUAUCACAUGUGCACAUAAAAGAUAGCAAUUAAGAAGUUUGUCCUAAACAAAAUCAGAUUUUAAGCUAUUUCCAUUUUGUGUUCAAGAAAUGGAUACUAAGCUUAUCACCCCACUCUUAGUGUUAUUUAACUCACAUAGAAGUUGCCCCUGACCUUUUAGAACAAUAGUUUUGUUAACAGAGACUUAAAAGGAUAGUUAACCCAAAAAUGAAAAUUCUCUCAUGAUUUUCUGCUGGCAUCCUUGAUGUGUAUGUCUUUCUUCUGCAGAACAGAAAUUAAGAUUUUUAGAAGAAUAUCUCUGCUCUGUUGGUCCUCACAAUGCAAGUGAAUGGGUGCCAAAAUUUUGAAGCUCAAAAAUCCACAUAAAGGAAGCAUAAAAGUAAUCCAUAAGACUCCAGUGUUUAAAUCCAUAUCUUCGGACACGAUAUGAUAGGUGUGGGUGAGAAACUGAUACAUUUUUAAGUUAUUUUUCAUAAUAAAUUCUCUUCCCUGCCCAGUAAGGGGCAAAAUGCACAAAGAAAGUGAAUCACCGACAACACUAGAAGAAGAAAGUGAAAGUGGAAAUUGACUGAGCAGCGAGGAGAAUUUAUAGUAAAAAAAAGGCUUAAAUAUUGAUCUGUUUCUCAGACACACACCUAUCAUAUAGCUUCUGAAGAUAUGGAUUUAACCACCAGAGUUAUCUGGAGUACUUUUAUGUUGCCCUGUGGAUUUUGGAGCUUCAAAAUUUUGGCAUGGACCUACAGAGCUGAGAAAUUCUUCUAAAAAUCUUUGUUUGUGUUCUGCUGAAGAAACAAAGUAAUACAAAUCUUGAGGUGUGAGUAAAUGAAGAAAGAAUUUUCAUUUUUGGGUGAACUAUCCCUUUAAAAAUUUAUUUUCUGGAGAAAAUAUGUUUUCUUUAGACAGCAGAUUGUGUUUUUAUCCUGCUCUUAUAAUUAGCCUGUUAAUGUACCUUAAGUAAAUGCUACAUAAAAAAAAAUAAUAAAAACAUGCACAUUUUCUUGAGAAUGGUUAAAAAGUGAUUUUUGUGGAGUUAUAGACUUCCCAGUUUUUUUUUGUUUUUUUUUCUUCAUACAACUGCUGAUGGUGCCUUAAAGACCACUCAGACCUCAGUGCUGGUCACUCUGUCUUGCACUGUCAUUUCCUCUCUUUAUUUUUCACUUCCACUCAGUUUCUUUCCUUUAAUGUUCCUUACAUUCUGUGUGACACAUGAAUGACUGUUCAGUGAUUACUAUUUUUACCAAUGCCUUAUGUUUUUUUCUAUCAAGCUUAUGUCAUGUUUGACACCUACUGAGUGCUACUGCUGAUGCUGAGUGAGAAUUGCAGUGGGUUUAAUUACAGUGUACAUUAUUGUGUCAAUUAAUUAAUAAGAAAUGACAAAUUUCUUGUUUGAUCUAAACAUCUGAAAUGAAGUUGACCCUAGCUCUUUUUUAACCAAUAAUACUGUACAUUAAUAUGAAGUAAUAAUUAUAAUUACACCUAAAUGACAUAUUAUUCUGUUGUGUAAAUACUCUUUAAUGGUUUGAAUGAUGAACUUUGUUUUGAAUUUUUAGUCUUGGUGCAUUUUGUUUUGUUUUUUUACAGAAAUUAUAUUUUGUAUGACAAAAAGACAAGCAAACAAGAAAAAGAUAUGAUAAUAAAUAUAGCUUGAACUUCAUCUUAACAUUUAAA